GCGGGCGCGUGUGUGUAUAUGCACGGUUAUGAAGUCAAAUCAAAUUUAGUCAUGAAAGCUCCUUUACAAAAGGUUCGUCACAAAGUGCUUCGAUGAGAACAAAGGACACAAAUUCAGAUGAAAACUACAGAUAAACAAAAAGAACAAGUAUAGCGUGUGUGUUCUUGUGUGUGUGUAUGUGUGUGUGUGUGUGUGUGUGCAUGUGUGUGUGUGAGAGAGAGUGUGUGCUUGAUGGAUGUGAGGUUUAGUUUUGAGUCAGAGGCAGCAGCAAAUGCCUAAGUCUGAGAAUGUGUGUAGGAUGAGCCUCCUACCACGUCCCUCCCUGUCUCUCAUCAACUGUCUCUCUGCCUCCCCUCCAUCCGUCCCUCUCCUUUAUGUACCAGCGUGUCUUCUGAAAAGUGUUCGUCAAAAGCUGCAGAACGAUUUAGAAAACUGAUUAAUUGAUUGAUUUCAUGUGAAAAGAGGCAUUGAACUGCAGAAAACAUACGUGGGAAGCAUACCACCAGACAGCACAAAAGGCAGCAUAUAGUCAGCAUAUACCGUCCAGUGUAUAAUCUGUACGUGCUCCAUCCUUGACUGUGUGUGUACAUCUGUGUGCACCUAUAUGUAUUUGUGUAUGCAUGUUUGUAUCACUCACAGUGAUUAAAGCAAGUGGGCGGCAGCAGCAACUGGUCUGCCUGUGUGGCUCUGCAUAGCAGACAUGUUUCUCACUGCUAGAUAUUACUCAUUUCCUCAGCCCUUUGCACACACAAGCGCGCGCACACACACACACUCUUGACAUACACACACAGACACAGAGACGGAUAGCAGGCUCUCAGUUCUUUCCUUCAGUUUGGUGGGCUCGCUGGUGUUAUUUCAUGCGUACUGAGAUCAGAGGCAGCGUGUAGCUGGAGGCUGCUGAUAUCUGCGGGUGUUGUAACUGGCGGUGGUGCUGUGGAGGAGCAGUGUAGCACAGUAAGGAGCUGGGGAGUGGGUUGACCCUCUGGGAGGACUGGAAUAUGAAUGACUGCCAACACUGGGACGUCUGCUCAGCCCGCACUCAGGUGAGUGGUGCUUCGGUAGAAAAGAAUCAACAGUGAUCUGACAGUGAUGCUGUGUAGCAGCCUUCCCUUCUGUCUGCGCCCCCCGUUCUCCCGUGAGGCCCAUGUGACCUAGCCUACACCCACGCAAAGGGGGCCCCCACUGCCGCUGGAGCCCACCCAUGAAUCCCAGCCCCGACCGCGGCAAAGAGUGCCUCCCUCCCAAGAAGAGGGAGUCUCGGCAAGGAUCAACAGACCACCAAGUCCCUCUGGACGAGUUUAAACCACCUGUGCCACUCCGGAAUCGGUCGAGCAUAGGGGGAGGGGAGGGAGGCAGGGAGGCCAAUGACAGGGACCGAGCUCUGAUUAACCCGAACCCCCAUCUCCUACACACUCCUCCACCCCUUCCUGCUCCAGCGCCAGGACUCCCCCUGCCCUUACCAUGGCACCUGGGCUACUCUCCCUCUGUCUCUCUUCCCCUUUUCCCAGGGCAGGUCGGCGAAAGGAGGGGCUCAGGGUCUCCUGCCUGGAGAGAUGAUCCUCUCUCCUCACCCCUGACCCACCACUCCCGGUGGCUUCGAGGAGAAGGGCCCCUCUCCUUGCCACCAUCCCCAUCCUCCUCCUCUACUUCCUCCUUCAAGACUCCUUUCCCAGCCGAUUCUCGAGAGAUGUGGUCCUACAUUAACAGCAGCCGACGAGAAACCAGCUCCUCUCUCUUCUCCCCGUCAUAUUUGUUUAGCCCCCACUCUCUCUACCCCCAAGAGCCAAGCUUAGUUGAAGCUAGACACAGGUACUUGGGCAAGAGGCCCAACGGCCUGGAUGGGCCAGGCAGCAGGACUGUCUCAACCUCCAGGCCUCUGCUCACAGGAGAUUAUGGGAAUGACAGCAGCAGAACCAGGCUGGACAUUAGUCCACACAGCUCCCACACCAAUGGUGGACGGAGACAGCAGGAAGAUCUAACACCCCGUGGCCAUUCUGGAGGGCCAUUUUUGUCAGACUCUCAAGCUCAGGAGGUCUCUGAGCCACAUUCCUCACUGCAGGACAGGCAUCCGCAUGGGAUAGUGAAGACCAGCUCAAAUUUACUCUCCACCAGUCCCCAUCCCCUGGGACUAGUCCCUAGGGCUAGUAGAGGGGGACUACUGGACCCCUUAGGGGCCACACCAGCUGAGGCCCAGAUCUACUACUCCUUGGGAUCAGUGUGCCACCCCAGCCCUCAGGCCCAGGCUUACCCACUCUACAGCCCCUCAGGAACACCUCUGUACAACCUGCACAGGGAGCCAGGCCCCAGGCAGCACAAUCUAAGGAACUCACCACACUCACCCGUGGGUCUGAACAGCCAUGACAGGUCGCAGAGAGACCGGGACAGAGACCAAGAAAGAGACCGAGACAAAGUCCUACAAAGGGACAGGGAGCGAGGCAAAGACAAAGACAAAGAGAAGCACCUACAACAUGACAAAGACCAAGAAAGAGACAGUGAGCGUGAGAGACGACGGGACAGAGAAAGAGACAGAGGGAGAGAGUUAUCUCCUUCCCAUCAUCACACCUCACCCCCUGCCCUUCACCCAUCUCCCCCAGCGCUCCUACCUCACUUCACCAAGGGUUCCCUGAUCGAGUUGGCCAGCGGGCGGUUGAAACGGGUGGAGGAGCUGCGGACGGAGGACUUCCUGAGGAGUGCGGACACGUCUCCGGAGUUCCACCUCAGCACCUGCACUGUGCUGCUGAUUUCUCCCAGCAGUUCACAGGGCUUCAGCCACCUGCAGGUUCACCUCACAGACCUCAACACUCAGGAGUUACUGAAGGUCUUGGUGGAGUAUCCGUUCUUUGUGCAGGACCGAGGCUGGUCUUCUUGCUGUCCCCAGAGAACCUCACAGCUGUAUGGCCUGCCAUGUCGGCAGCUCAUGGAGGGGGACGUCUGCCUGGCUCUUACCCCUACGCCAACCCAAACCCAUCGGACACACACACGUACCGGCUCAAGGACCCAUCGCACCCAACAUCCCUCAAGGUCUGCAGGAGAGUCCAGCAGCUCGCACAGAGAGGAGAUGCCCCCCCCUCCUCCACCGCCCCCUCUUCCUCACCAUCCGGCUCCCACAGCGCCGGCGCCUCCACGCGCUCUGGCUGCAGAGCCUCCCGUUCCGGAGCAGCCACGUCCACGCAAACGGCGCUGGUCUGCCCCAGACACCCUCCCCUCAACUGGAGCUGAUGCUCCCGGCCUCCUGGAUUUACCUCAUGGCUCCAAGCUAAUGAAGUGGCAGUAGGAACUUGCAUACAUAUGCGUGCAUACUUACACACAUAAGCACAUACACACCCUCCUUGUCUCUGUUGCACCCACCAAGACAAACAAUGGAGAGACCUCAAGGCAGGGUUGCAGGGAAGGAAUUAAAAAAACAAUAGAAAACACAAUUUACGGGUGUCCACACUGCUGCCCCAAAAUAAUUAUCCCAUCAACCCUAGUCCAGGCCUUGUUGCACCCAACCUUUCUUUCUUUCCUUUCCUUUCCUCGAUCUUACUUACACCACCCUGAAAGGAGCAGCAGCUGAAGGAUCUCUGGGUGACUCCUCAAAGACACACUGAAGACAUUUAGUGAGACAAUCAAGCACUUGUCUGUGUUCACUCUGUUUUUGUAAUGGUUGUCCCACACAUCUACCUACUGACAGUGUUUUCUGCAGGGUAUUGAUUUUCAAUCAGUGUUAUGAAAGUAAACGCUAUUGAAGAAUUGCAGAUAUAUAUGAACAAAAAUUGACUAUAUAUAUUACAUUACAGAUGUUAUAUACAGUAAAUAUGCUAAACAGA